CUCGAUCUAGAUGGCUCUUGAUAAAGUUUCUCUGACGUAACUUUUUAUCGCUUCAAACGGCAUUUAAUAAAAGCAACAUUUGUUAUGGAUUCGCCGGACAACAGAUGGUACAUGUGCACCCACUGUUUUCAAAGAUGUCUUUGGAGGGAUCUUUCGGCGGAGGAACACCGAUGUUCUCGCUGCCGAUUGCCACUCAAAAUGUGUGCGAUUUGCGACAGGAAAUUCGAGCCGCGAGAUAAGUCGCAUUCCUACUGCAAACGUUGUGAUUUUUACAUACUCAAACACGCUGCCGUGAAACCUCCUCCAAUAGAGGAGAGUCAAAAAGAACGAAAGGAUCUCGAGCUGGAUACCGAAGGAUCUUCAUUCACAGAACGUUGGAAGGAGAUUCGGGCUGCCGCUGGCAUCGAUGACGAUUUGGGUUUGAGUGACUAAGCUGAAGAAACACUGUUCUUGACUUAUUUUCAACAUUUAAAAUACCAAAUAAAUAUUUUUCAUUGGCUUUAUUUAAA